AUGGCAAACAGCGAGGCGCCUGCUUCGCCGGUCACGCCGGUUACGCCGGUCAAGCACGCCGUGAAUGGACUGUGGAGCGAGACAGCUCGCCUGCAGGAGCAGAUCCAGAAGAACUACGCCACAACCACCCAGCUGCUGGCCCGCGCAAACAAGCUCAAGGAGCGCAUCGUCCGCCAGCGCCAGGAGAACCAGCAUGCCUUGCACCUCAUCGACUCGCCGUUGCGGCCUUCGCCCACGCCCGCGCCCGAGUCCGUCUCGUCCGCCACCACUCCCGCCGAGACCAUUGCUACGGCUCCCGCUGACGCCUCCCCUGUGUUCGAGACGCCGACAAAGGCGGCCGCCAAGGCGGCGACAACGACGGCGUCGGCCGGGACACAGACGCCGCCGCCGGCGCAGACACAGCCCGCAAGCCCGCCACAGGACGUUGCUGCCGAGGUCGACAAGCCGGCGCGGGGCGACGAGGCUGCGGACGACGAGGGCCUUGGCCAUGACGCCGACCGCUCCAUCUCGGUCGAGGACUUUACCGAUGCGCAGGCCGUGUACGAGGCCGCGCUGGAGCAGCGCGACGGCAUGAUCACCCAGCUCGAGUCGGACAACGUUGCCCUGCAGCGGACCCUCAAAGAGUAUGAGGAGGCACUGGAGGAGAUUAUGGACAUGCACCGCAACCAGGUCUCUGUCCUCCAGACCAAGCGCGAGGAGGCCAUCGCUGCUCUCUCCGAGGACCUGGCCCUCGAGCGCGCGCGCAACGCACAGCUCUCCGACAAGUCGCUCGCCCUCGAGCAGCAGGUUGAGCAGAUGGCCGCCGUCAUGCGCCAGGCCGCCGACAUGGAGGAGGCUGCCGAGCUCGAGGCCUCAGUCCGCCAGUCGGCCCUCGAGCGCGAGAACGCACAGCUCCGCGAGCUCAUCUCGGCCUAUGACAACGAGCUCGACGUCGAGUUUGAGGAUGACGUCGUCGAGGCUCUCGCCAACGACGACCUGCUCGCCGCCUACGACGAGCCUGCAGACUCGCUGCAACUCGCUGCCGACGACCAGCCAGCUGCCGAGUAA